AUGGACAGAUGGACAGCGACAGCACGACGACGUAACCUGACUGCAGAUCAAAAACUGGUUAUGAAGGAGUCCAAAUACAUAUUCCGUCGUUUGAAUGUAGAGGAAGUUACGGAUCCAGUUGCAGAAGAAGAACCAGAACCGUGGAUGCAUGCAGAAGCAGAAGCUGAACGAUUUUCGCUCUUGAGACCGAAGUUUCACAUCUGGACUUAUUCAUUCAGGCCAAGAUGUAUGCGGGCGAAAGAUAAACAUUUUCAAUACUUUCCGGAAUCAAUCGUCGAAAGUCUCAUUGAGUUUGCAAUUGACGUGGUUGGAAUUUAUCUGCCAGAUUACCUACUUCACGGACCGGUUGAUUCUAAUCAUGAGUUAGAAAAUCCAGGAACUCUUUUUUUUUCAUUUUGUUUUUCCAUUUUUCAAAUAUUUGUUAAUCACUUAUGA